GGCCGCGUCGACCGCGAUCAGCUCGCGAAGACGUUCGGCGGCUUCCUCGACGGCGACGCGAGCGCGAGGGCGGACCUGUCGUUCAGCAUCGCGCAGAGCUACGAAACGUUCCUCGACGUGAUCAGCGAGGAUUUGAACGCGACGUUCGGGACCACGUUUAGCGUUUGCCGCGCGCCGCACACGAAGUUCUCCGUGAAGCAGCCCUUCCAGGCGCAAUCGUACAAUCGCACGGGCAACCGCGCCCUCGCGCGCGCGGACGACCUCCUCUCCGAGAUCAUGGCGGAGGAGGCGUCGGAGCACGCCUUCCUCGCCGACGUCAUGGGCGAACCGCCGACCCUGUCCAUGCCGCCGACGCGCCUCAACGGCCGGCGGACCCCGCCGAGUCCGCCGGCUUCGAAAGGCGGCUGCUGGGACGAGGUGCUGCGCCUCGGCGCGUCGCGGCGCGAGCUCGGCGGCGUCGUCGCGCGGCGCCUCGACCGGUGCGCCGCGCAAGCCAAAGCCGCCCUAAAAGAGGCGACGUCGAGCGACGAGCUCCGCGCGGCGCUCCACGGCGUCGGUCUCGCGGCCCAGGCGGCCGGCGACGCGGAGCGCGAGCGGCGCGCCCUCGAGGACGAGAGCGACGCCAUCUUCGCGCGGCUCGGGCGCCCCGUCGACGGCGACGGCGACGGCGUCGGCGCGUGGGCGGGCCGCGAGCA